CACCAAUCGCGUCCCGGAUUGGAGGACAUCGGAAGAUCUGUCCCCUCGCGCACGCUGCCCACCCCGCUGCCCACCCCGGCGAGAGAACUUUGAGGACAGUAUGGCCUCCACGCUUCCCACAGUGUGGCCUCAUGAACCUGUGAAGUUUGAAGAUGUAUCACUGACAUUUUCCAAAGAAGAGUGGGCACAGCUGGAAUUCCAACAGAAGUGCCUAUACAAGGAAAUCAUGCUGGAGAACUACAAUAACAUGGUUUCAGUGGAACGUCACUUUUCCAAGCCAAAUGUGAUCUCUCAGUUAGAAGAAGUAGAAGACUUCUGGCCAGUGGAGAGAGAAAUUCCUCAAGAUAUCUUUCCAGAAUCUUCUGGGCCUUCUUUGGACCCUGGAAUAAAUUCCUUUCCUGAUGAGAGUCCCUUGACGAAGAUCAAUGUUGUUGAGGUCCUUACACUGAACAAGGAUGUGGCCGGUCCCCGGAAUGCCCUGAUUCAAUCCCUCUAUCCGGAAAGUGGAGAAGACCUGAGCCUAGGUAACCUUGAGCCAUCUCAACAACCAAGCAAGCAUUUGACUGACACUGAAGUUGCUCACCAAAAGUUCCGACAUUUCCAGUAUGAAGAGUCAGAUGAUCCCCAGAAGGCUGUGUCUCAGCUUCGUAAGCUGUGUCACCAGUGGCUGCAGCCCAGUACACAUUCAAAAAAACAUAUCCUGGAGCUACUGGUGCUUGAGCAGUUCCUCAAUGCACUGCCUGAGAAGUUGCGGGUAUGGGUGGAAUCACAGAGCCCAGAGGAUUGCCAAGCAGCAGUGACCCUGGUGGAGAAUGUGACCUCAGUGUCUAAGGAAGAUGCUCUGCUUGCCUGCCAUAAUGAGGCCACUGAUGGACUGAAAGAGAAAAAGAAGGACAUGGCCACCUUACCAGUUACUAUACCACCUGAGGAGCCAGUAACCUUCCAGGAUGUGGCUGUGGACUUCAAUCAAGAGGAAUGGCAGCUACUAGGUCCAGUGCAGAGGACUGAGUAUCAUGAUGUGAUGCUGGAGACCUUGGGCAACUUGGUCUCAGUGGGGUGGGAGCCUACAUUGGGAAACAAAGAGUUAAGUCCAAAAUCACCCAGUUCUAUGGUAGAAACAAUUCGUGACCCAAAACCAAAAAGUUUCUCAAGUAAUGGUACCCAGUCCUCUGUUAUUGAAAAUAUCUCACAAAAUGAGGUGCAAGAAAUCCAUACCAUAGAAUCAAAUCAAGUGGAGGUUGUACAGAAAAAAGACCUCCCUCAGGAGGAGAUCUCUGAAAGCCCCAAGUCUCAGGGGCAAAUUAGGCUUCACACAAGCCAAGACUCACUCGAUGAAGUUCUUCCGAGAAAGCACUUGCAUGUAAAAAGUAACCAAAGGGGCUUUGGAAAGAGGAAAGCCAAGAAAAAACACAUUUCCAUGACACGAGAUUCACCCAUAAGAAAUCAGCAAAAGGACUCUGUAGUAUGCCAAGUCAGAGAUGGCAGCAAUUCCAUGACACAUAGUUCUUCUAUAAAAAACCCUCAGCAGAGUUAUGAGCAGGGUAAAGUUGGGGGCAGCAGAGAUCCCAUUAUACUUAUAUCACCUGCAAAAAUUUACCAGCAAGCCACUGGCUCUGAAGCGGGCAGAGUCAGGGACAGCAGCAAUGCCAUGGAACCUGAUGCAUCUAUAAAAAUUCACCAGAAAAGUGCUGAGUGGGGUAAAAUUGGGAAAAGCAGCAGUUCCAUGACACAAGGUUCGUCUAUACAAAAUCACAAGAUGGUGUCUGGGUUAGGAAGAGCCAGGGACAGGGACAGUUCCUUGGCACAUGCUUCACCUGUAAAAAUUCUCCAGAAAGACUGUGAAAAGAGUAAAGUCCGAGGAAACAGGAAUUCCUUGAAACAUGUAAGAAUUAGCCAGAAGGAUUCUAAUGGUGGGAGAGUCGGGGAAAUGAGUACAUCCAUAAAACACAGUCCCCAUAUAAAAAUUCACCUGAAGACCUCUGAAAGGGGGAAAGGCAGGGAAACUAACACUUCUAUAAAAUAUGGUCCCCAUGUGAAAACUUACCAGAAGGGUUCUGAAGAGGGGACUACUAGGAAAGCCAACAAUUGUAACAAAGCUAUCAGCCAUCAUGCUCAGCAGAUAUUUUUUAUAAAAAUUCAUAAAGGAAGCCAAAUUUGCCGGUGCAGUGAAUGUGGCAAACUAUUCCAGAAUGCUAGGUAUUUUUCUGUCCAUAAAAAGAUCCACACAGGAGAACGGCCUUACAAGUGUAUGGCCUGUGGGAAAGCAUUUGUUCAGAGCUCCUCCCUCACACAGCAUUAUAGAAUUCAUAGUGGAGAGAGACCAUUUGAGUGUUCAGAGUGUGGGAGGACCUUCAAUGACCGCUCAGCCAUCUCUCAACACUUGAGAACUCAUACUGGGGCUAAGCCCUACCAUUGUCAACAAUGUGGGAAAGCCUUCCGCCAGAGUUCCCACCUUACCAGGCAUCAGAGAACUCACACUGGGGAGCGCCCAUAUGUGUGCACCAAGUGUGGGAGGGCUUUCACUCAGAGCUCACACCUUAUUGGGCAUCAGAAAACACACGGGAUUAAGUUCAAGAAGAGGCAAUCCAAACUGCAGUCCUAGUGCCUUUCAAACCACUGCCUCUUCAGCCUUGAGAUGCACUCUGCAGACUUUUGAGUAAGGAGAGUCCCACACCUGAAGAACAGCUCAGGACACCACCCAGCAGGCCUGAGGGUGCCUGAAACUAUCAGGGAGUUCUUGAUUGCUUCAUUUAGCCAUUAAAGAAAAUAUGAAAUCUGAAAAUGCUCCUAAAUCUAAAAACCAGUUACCAAAAACUGCAGAGAUAAUUAUGCACAGGGUCAAGUAUGUGAGUGACAAAAACCAAAAGAAUGUAUAUAAAUAAAUAAAUAAAUAAAUAUAAUUGUUUUGAAA